AUGGACAUUGAAAGAUUAGGUAUUGAUAAAAUUAAAACCAAGCAAACCAAAGUUAACCGUCUCUAAAAGAUGGAAGAAGAGUUAGAGUUCAAUGAAAAAAUUGAUAACUUGCAAUCAUUAAAUUUAGUUUUAGAAAGAUACUCUGAAUAUAUCAAGAAAUCCUCUAAGUACAAUACAAAUAUUAAUCGUGCCAUAAAUGAUGAUUUCGAUGAUUCUUUAAUAUGA